GGAGGAAAGAACCGUCGUCGCGGAAAGAACGACACAGAGCACGAGAAGCGCGAGCUGGUGUUCCGGGAGGAGGGCCAGGAGUACGCGCAGGUCGUCAAGAUGCUUGGAAGCGGGCGUGUUGAGGCUCUGGGAUUCGAUGGCACCAAGCGUCUUGCACACAUCCGCGGAAAGAUGCGCAAGAAGGUGUGGAUCAACCAGGGCGACAUUGUGCUGAUCUCGCUGCGCGACUUCCAGGACGACAAGGCCGAUGUUAUCAUGAAGUACUCGGCCGAUGAGGCUCGUGCUCUGAAGCAGUACGGCGAGCUGCCAGAGAACGCCAAGAUCAACGAAACCGAGGCAUUCGAGGCCGAGGACGAUGAUGUCGACUUUGACUUUGAGAUCGACGAGAUCUAA